UCGAACGUGGGCUAGUUGUGCGAGGAUCGCGGAUGAAGCUGUUCGAAAUAAUUCAAUUAUUUAUUACCAGAGAUGUUACUAUAUCUAACAAUAAUUGCAACAAUUCUGGCUAUAUUAUGGGUUCGUAAACGGUACUCUUACUGGAAGGAUCGAGGCGUGGCAUACGUGACACCAACCUUCCCAUCCGGUAAUCUCGGAGGAAUGGGUCGGAACGAACACAUCUCAACCCUGAUGGAACGAUGCUACCGGAAACUGAAAGGAAACGGUCCGUUUGGAGGAAUUUUCUUCUAUACAAAUCCGGUGGCAAUCGCUUUGGACAUUGAUUUUGUGAAAAAUGUGUUAGUGAAAGACUUCCAAUACUUCCAUGAUCGAUCGUUUUACCAUAACGAAAAAGAUGAUCCACUAUCGGGUCACUUAUUCGCGAUGGAAGGAACCAAGUGGAAGAACUUGCGAGCUAAGCUGACUCCAACAUUCACAUCCGGUAAAAUGAAAAUGAUGUUCCCAACCAUUACCGCAGUGGCCGAGGAGUUCAAAAAAAUUCUUACCCAGGAGGUCACAAACGGGAGUGAAAUUGAAAUUAAGGAGAUUAUUGCGAGAUUUACCACCGAUGUGAUUGGAAGUUGUGCUUUUGGUUUAGAGUGUAAUAGUUUACACGAUCCGGAAGCUCAGUUCAGAAAAAUGGGAAGGAAAUUUUUCGAGCCUGAAUUCUUCAAAGUGUUUAAAAAUACGAUUGCCCAGCAGUUUCACACAGUUGCUCGCGCAUUACAUGUAACCACAAUCGAUGCUGAUGUGUCUAAAUUUUUCUUGAGUGCUGUGAAAGAUACUGUUGAACAUCGUGAGAGACAUAAGAUCGAACGAAAUGACUUCAUGAACUUGCUUAUCAAAUUGAAAAAUAUGGAGCCACUAGACGAGGGUUGCACCAACAAUUCGGGGACGUUAACACUCGAAGAAAUUUCUGCACAGGCAUUCGUUUUCUUCCUGGCAGGGUUCGAAACCUCUUCCACAGCAAUGUCGUACUGCUUGUAUGAGUUAGCAUUGAACCAAGAGCUUCAAGAGAAAGCGCGAAAGGAUGUUUUCGAAUCCCUGCGGAAACAUGGAGCCAUGACAUACGAAGCGGUGCAGGAUAUGCAUUACGUUGAUAACUGUAUCAGCGAAUCUCUCCGGAAGUAUCCGCCCGUAUCCGAAUUAACACGUUCGAUCUCGAAAGAUUAUAAAGUUCCCAAUACAAACAUGGUUCUUCAAAAGGGUUUGACUAUGAUCGUCCCUGUUUACGGUAUCCAUCACGACCCUGAACACUAUCCCAAUCCUGAAAAAUACGAUCCGGAUCGAUUUUCACCGGAAGAAGUGGCCAAACGAAACCCAUACUGCUUUCUUCCGUUCGGUGAAGGACCACGCGUUUGCAUUGGUACACGCUUUGGACAGAUGCAGGCCCGUGUUGGGAUGGCGUAUAUGCUGAAUAAUUUCCGGUUCACUUUAUCCGACAAAACACCGAUUCCGCUAAAAAUUUCCAGUAGUGGUAUUGUUCUGACCUCAGAAGGUGGUCUCUGGUUGCACGUUGAAAAGCUGUAGAUUUCAGUACUCAAAAUUGGUAACCAUGACAGCUCGAAAAAGAUACGUGCUACGUAUGAAUUAAUGUUUUGUUUUUGUUUGGUAAACCAAAUGCCAAACCAAAAAUAUCUAUUUUAUCGUAGAAUCAGCUGAUAAAUCUUCACUAUGUGAAUCGAUAUAAUUUUUUGUU